AUGCGACCCACCAUGUCAGUGUCUGUCAAACAGCACCAUCUGGGAAUUGAUAAGCCAAGAGAAGAACUUCACACUCUUCGCGAUGACGAGUCGCGCUCUGGAUCAUCUUCGGGGUCGGCAUCAGCUUUUGUCACAACCGAGAUGCUGUACUACCAUGUUGUUCUGGGGAGUUACUCUAUUAAAGAACUCCAGGUUUUCGAGCAUCAAACGCUUCCCACUGCACUGAAUGUUACUGUUCCAGGAAAAGCGAAGGGAGAAAAAAAGGAUAAGGAUAAGGACAAAGACAAAGACAAGGACGGCAAGGACAAAGAUAAGAAUCAAGGCAAAGAGCUGCCUCAACGACUUCGCGUGGAUAUGGUUCGGCAUUCAGUCCUACUAAACGGAGAAACCAGUAUAGUAACAGGCGAUAUAAUUGCCAAAAACGGCAUCAUUCAUUACAUCGAUGUCCCUCUAAACCCACCCCCAACAACAAAAGCAAUACUCAGCAUCAUUCCCGAGCAAUUCAGUACUUUUGCCCUCGCGCUCUCCCAUACGGGCCUGGACAGCCAUCUGAACGCCACACAAAGAACCACCGGCACGACCUUUGCACCCACGAAUGAUGCAUUCCGUGCAUUAGGACCACGUGUGAACGCGUUCCUUUUCUCGCCUCAGGGUGAAGAGUGCUUACGGUAUCUGCUUAAAUAUCAUCUUGUUCUGGAUAAGACGAUCUAUUCGGAUGUUAUCUACGGGGAGAAGGGGAAAGUUGACGAAUGUGGGGUUGAGGUGGUGGCCCAGGAGAAGAUUGGCCUGAAGGGUCCAGGUGGAAAUGGAGGGAACUACCCGGUGGUACAUGUGGUAUCUCCAACGUUGCUGGAUGGUUAUGAUGUUACGGUGGACAUUUUAUGGAGAGACUCGGCGGUUGACUUUAGGGUCAAUGGGUUCUGGGAGCCAAGGACGCUGGAUGUUUUGGCCAGUGAUGGGGUUAUACAUGUUUUGGAACGUAUUCUGAUUCCACCGAAGAUUGUGAGUGGAAAGGUCAAAGGAAAAGAACGAGGAAAUGACAAGGUUACGGUGGAAAUGUUGAGAGAGUGGAUGAACUUGGAUGCCAGGAUGGAGCUGUGA